UGUAAAGAGAGCUCUCUAGACCACCUACGCCCAGAGGGCAGGUGGGAUUAUGUGUUCGAAGAGCUCUGUGUUGAAACGUGUCGAACACUUGGUCCGUAGCCUUUCGGCUCAUGCAAAUUUGGCUCCAGGUGGGCUCAAGCGUUGCCCCCUGCGUGUGGGCCGUGCGGGGCGCCUGCCCACAGCCGCAGAUGGGCAAGCCGUGGACGUUGGCUGUCCCUGGUGUGCAGACGACAACGCGCAAGCACCAGCCCGAGCCGCGAGAGGUGCUGGUCCCUGAGCGUUCGCGCGACUGCCAUGCGCCUAUCAAGAGCUACAUCUUGGAUAAGUUCGUGCUGGAUUCGCAGAAGGAACUCAUCAAAUCACACGUGGACGUUUUCGUCUCGGAUAAAGUCGUUAACGGGAAGUGUGUUGCGCAAGAUUUGGUACAUGCUGUUGUUGAGUGCCGUGGGGUAAUCGUCAACAGCCAGAUUCGGCAAUGUACACAACUCUGAAGGCAGCUGAGGCAUAGCCUUACCGAAUUCUUUGGGGGGCGUCGGCAAAGGGGACGCGGAGCCUUCUCCGUGUCGCAUGUUUGACCUUCCAAUGCGACAUUUUUCGGGAAAUCGUGCCGAGCGACAGAGUCGUUCCUCGCCCCUUGUGUUACCAUAUAUGCUUCAUAUGAGUGCGGCUGAUGUAGGAGCACAGCUGCAUCGCACACUGCCAGGCAUCGCAGGGUGAACCUAUGUUGAGAGGGCGUCCAUCACCACAUGGUACAGCAAUGCUCUCACUUGCCCGGUGUAUGUGCGGCGGCUGAGCCUGGCCGUUGCCUGACGCUGGUAGACCUGGUGGGGCAACUGAAAAAAAGUGUCGAACAAUUGGUCUUGAACGGAUUUCGAUACGAGCGCGUGGCGGCGCGCGCAAGCGACCCGCAUCAUGUUAAUUUAUCCAGAGCCGGGCACGGGGCCCAUGUUGAAUAAACGCGGAUGCGCCGCGUGGUAAGGUGCGAUUGCGGGCUGAGGGCGAGACGGCCAACGUAUUAUGUCGUUCGCAACGGUUUCAGCAUGUCCGCGCGGGAAGACCAUCAUCAGAGUAGCAACUGAUCUUGAAUGUGCUUCUGUGGAAGAACUUGCAUAAUUCAUCUGUUUGGAAUGAGUUCGAGAUAUGUUUGCGCGUGUGGGAUUCGUGGUGUCGUUUAGAAGAAUGUGCUUCCGACACCUUACUGUUGGAGAUAAGCGAAAGUGCGCGCAUAGCUUUUCUGAUCUGACAGGAAUGAGGUGUGGGGGGGGUCAAUACUGGCCUGUCUGGAGCCUGCCUGGGAU